AUGAAAAGAACAACAAAAGUAAAAAAAGAACAAAUCGAUUUGCAGGUCCUGACAACGAUGGAAGACCAGGGCGAAAGGGCUGGCGAUCGCUCACCGACAGACGACGAGAGGGACUUCAGGCGAUCUGCGCACUACGCGGAGCCCGCACCGCUUUCCCUUUCGAACUACUCGCCCAGAAGAGAGACAAGCAGCGAUUAUGAUCGAGAUAGGGAGAGGAGUGGUGCAGAUGAGGCGAGAGGAGGCGUAGAGUCGCCAUCUUCUGGAGCAAGUAGGGAGAGGAGAGGAGGCAGCCGCGAGCGGGAUCGGAGUCACUACUCUCCCGCUCGCGAUCGCGAUGAUGAUAGGGACAGGAAGAGGAAGUAUCCGGAUAGAGAGGAGGAUCAUCAUAGGGACUACCAUGAUAGGGAUGAUGAAGCAAAGAGAAGGAAGAACUUGUGCUUCAAGUGUGGAGGCUACGGUCAUAUCGCGGUCAUGUGCCCCUCCAGGCAGGGCGCCGCCAACAGCGAUGAGCCGCCGUGCUACAAGUGCAGCGGCAAGGGCCACCGCGCUUCCAUGUGCCCCAACCUCUACCUCAGCCGCGACAUCUGCUACCGCUGCGGCAUGCCGGGCCACAUUGCCAGAAACUGCGGCGGCGGCUACGGCGGCGGUGGAUACGGAGGAGGUGGCUACGACAGGGAUGGCUAUGGCAUGGGAGGCUACGGCGGCCCGCCCAUGGGUUAUCCGCCCGACAUGAUGCACCACGGCGGCUACCACGGCAUGAGGGAGAGCGACAUGCACAGAAUGAUGGACAUGGGCCGCCACGGUGGCCCUCCCGGCGGCAUGGGCGGCUACGAUCCCUACUCGCCCGGUUUUGGCGGUGGCAGACCUGCGGGUUGCUACAAAUGCGGCGUGUCUGGUCACUUUGCACGGGAAUGCCCCAAGGGCGACGUGAAGACGUGUUACAAGUGUGGGCUCGACGGCCACAUCGCCAAGGACUGUGACACUUGCUACGCGUGCAAAAAGUCCGGCCAUCAGGCAAGAGACUGCACCGAGCGUCCUCCUCCGAGGCCGUACUAG